GUGGUCAGCCGAUCAAAUGAUGUCCCCAGUCUGAUAACUGAUUGAUAACUAUAACCUUCCACCUUACAAUCAUUGUCUCGCAAUGAUCUCGCCAUACUUAAACUGUGCUGUAUGAGAAAAAGUCCUCCACCGGGCUUCCAGCCAAAAAGAUGGAUCUCGGAAUAGACGUGUGCGAAGACACUUUCGGAGACGAUGGCCAGGGACAUCUCGUUCGACGGUUCACUUUGACUAACGAACAUCGCAUGAGUGUUCAAGUGAUCAACUAUGGAGCAACCAUCACAUGUAUCAAAGUACCAGACAAGAGAGGCAACGUGGACGAUGUCGUGUUGGGUUUUGAUGACAUGAGUGGAUACUUGUCAAGUCAAAACCCCUACUUUGGAGCGACCAUUGGCAGAGUGACCAACAGAACAUUCCCUACAGACUUCUUGUUCAACGGACAACAUGUUUCUCUUAGCAAGAACGUUGGAGGAGUUCACUUGCAUGGAGGAUUUAGAGGAUUUGACAAGGUUAUCUGGGAUGCAUUCAUGGGCCCGGAUCGGGUGACCAUGACCUACCUCAGUCCUGACGGAGAGGAAGGAUAUCCAGGAGCAGUCCUGACAACUGUCACAUUCCAGCUGACUCCAGACAAUCGUCUGAUCAUCGGGAUACGGGCAUCCGUCACGCGGCCUACGCCUGUCAACAUCACCAACCACGCCUACUUCAACCUGGCCGGCCAUGCUUCCGGGGCUCAAGGUUUACUCACACAGGUUCUCUCUGUUAACGCAGAUAAAUACACUCCACUGGAAAACUUCAUCGCCACUGGAGAAAUCAGAGAGGUGGCUGGAUCAGGUUACGACCUCAGGAUCCCAAAACAGCUGGCUGAAGCUUUUAAAGAGCUAGACACUGAUGGUUACGACAUCAACUUCUGCCUAAACAACAGCAUUGUCCAGCCAGGGUUUAAUUUUGCAGCAAGACUGUUUGACCCAGAGAGUGGUAGAUACUUGGAGGUCCACACAGAUCAACCAGGACUGCAAGUCUACACCAGCAACGGCAUGCCGGCCUUCAAUGGCAAACGAGACGCCGCCUACGGUAAACACACCGGAAUCUGCUUCGAGACUCAGAACUAUCCUAAUGCUGUCAACAUCGAAACAUUUCCGAGCAUCAUAGUGAAGCCCGGAACGGACUACGUGCAUUACGUCGCCUACUCAUUCGGCACUGUGGCACACUAAAUUCCGCUUAAACACUGCAUUUUAACAUUCAUCCUAACCUAUCACUGUGAUCAUGUGUUUAAGAGUUUAGCAUAGUUCUCAAUCCGUAAGCACUGCUCAAUAUUGUUCACCUUAAAAUAUUUAUUUAAUAUUCAUAACUAUGUAACUCGUGUACUGUACUAGUGUUUGUAUCAUCUCAUCGUGUUCAUUAUAGUUAACAAGAA